GGUGCCUCCUGUGCUGCGACAAGGCUUCUGGGUUUACAGGAGUUCAAAGCUGCCAGGGUCUCACCAGGCUUGCUGCUCCAUUAAAGAGCUGGAUGUGUUCAGCAGAGCCCGUGAGGUUAAAGUGGACCCUGACAAACCCCUGGAAGGUGUUCGGCUGGCUGCGCUGCAGGCAAGGAAGACUUUGCUGGUUCCCACACCGCGUCUGAGAACGGGGCUGUUCAAUAAGAUCCUUCCACCUUCAGGGGCAACUAAGGAGAUGCUACGAAGAUGUGCUACGUCUCAGGGUAUAAAAGAAUACAGCGUGCCCGUAGGUCUUGACGGGAAAGCACGGGUGGACUUGGUGGUUGUAGGAUCAGUGGCUGUCUCUGAAAAAGGCUGGAGAAUUGGAAAAGGGGAAGGUUAUGCAGACAUGGAAUACGCAAUGAUGGUGUCGAUGGGUGCAGUGCAGGAGGAUACACCUGUAGUCACUAUUGUGCACGACUGUCAGGUGAUUGACAUAGCAGAAGAGCUUCUUGAUGAUCAUGAUUUGACUGUGGAUUACAUACUCACUCCAACAAGAACUAUCAAGACUAACUGCAAACGACCAAAACCUCAGGGAAUAAUAUGGCAAAAGGUCAGCUCUGAGAUGCUGGGAAAAAUCCCCAUCCUAAAGAGUCUUCGAUACAGAGAGAAGCAGGCUGGCAAGGAUGUUACUCUCAGAGACGAACAUUUGGACUUGGCAAAUGCCAACACACCAGAGAAGGCGAUGGCUGAAAAUACCAGACCGCAGGCUGCCGUAGGCUCAGCUCAAACGGGACAACAUCAUGUUGAAAGCGAUGCUUUAAGUCCCAGAUUAGAGGGAUCUGGCGUGAUUACUACUGUGUAUGUGGGGAACAUACCUCCCAGCGUAAGAGCGAGCGAGCUGAAAAGUGCUUUGAGGGAAUUCCACGCAGCUCCUUUACGACUGAAUUGGCAAGGAGCGCAGCGCAGGGCUUUUCUCGAUUACAGGGAUAAAGCAACCGCAGAGAGCGCUGUAUCCUCUUUGAAAGGCUUCAGCCUCGGGGGUAAUACUUUGCGAGUUGAGCUGGCCAAGAACCAGAGAAACAAAGGGCAAGUAGAAAUCAAUAGUCAGAGAUGAAUAUGAAUAGAGGA